CUGGACCGCCUGUCAGUCAGGAAAUGGCUCGUCGACCGAAAGGGUGGUCGGCGCUGAUGCUGGCGGUAACGAUUGUUACGCUCAGCCUGGUGAGCUUAGUGAAUCGGUGUUCUGGAGCAACAGCGGCCGCAGCGGUACCAAGUAACGGCGGCGGUAACUCGGGCGAACUCGACGAUGAUCUGAGCGCGGCGGAAAGCAGAAAUUAUCGCGGCGAUGCGUUGAAUAUCCCAAAGUUUGGGGAUCGGUUGGCGCCCCGGAAUCGGCCUCACGUGGAAGAUGCGAUCGCGGGUGGCGGUGGUGGUUCUCCCGUGGGAGGACCGGCUGCUGCUGCCGGUAGUAGUGGCAAUAGUGCGAGUGGUUCUAGUGGUUCCAACAAGUUCCGGCGACAACCGGCCGGGCUGACAUAUCGAAACGCGGGAAGAUUCGGUGUCGCAAGUGCCAACAGUGGUGGUGGUGUUGCAAGUGGCAGCAAUCACGAAGAGUUGCAUACGCUGGUCAACCAUGACCAUGAUAUCAAGCGAAGUGAUGUGCUAGUGGCUAGUGUAACGCAGAAUCUGGAGGAUCCGAACGCGGCUGUGGGCAGUGACUACUACACGGGUCCUGACGAAGAAGAAGAUGAGCUAGAAGAAGAACACGACCAUCCGGUGGCCGAUGAUGAUGGUGAAGAGUUUGAAGAUGACGAAGAAACGGCUGACGGGGAAGAAGAGGAAGUUGAAGAAGAACAGCAACACUUUGAAGAUGUGCAAGCGCGUAACGCCGUGAAGAGUGACGAACCGCAGCACGUGCUGCUGGAUAACAACAGUUUGGCUGCGCUGCUGAAUGUCAGCAGUAACGCGUCGUCGGCACAAGCGCAUCGGCUGGAAAUGUCCACCGAGUUUUUCGUAGUGCCAUCGACGACAUCGCCGGCAUCUCGCGGGGGCUCGACGACACUGCGUUCCGGUGGUGUGAUCUUUGCGGCACGUAAUCCGACGAGUCAGCACAACAGUAAUAGUAACAGUAACCACAAGCUGAACGUGACUCCGCCGACGAUCGUCGCGACUAGCUACCCUAGUGGCCUGCGGAAGGAACCCUGGGUGGUGCCGGUUUUGGUGCUAGCAUCGCUGUCGAUGAUCAUGAUGGCUGCGUUCGAGAUCUUCGUCCUGUGCAAAGCCUGGCGAACUUCCCCAAGCCGGCGUCAUCUCUUCCUAGGUCAAAUGCUCCUUCUCGGGCUGUUUGCCUGUUCCGGACUGGCGGCGGUCCUUACCAUCAACCCUACAAUCCUAUCCUGCGCCACGAUGCGCUUUGGCGCUGGCGUUGCCUUUGCCCUCGUGUUUGCCUCCCUCCUGGUCAAAUGCGUCUUCCUCAUAAGCCUCAACGGUGGAGUCUACCUCCCCGCCCCCUAUCAAGGACUCCUCCUACUCUUCGCCGUCCUCAUCCAGGUCGCCGUAGGCGCUCAAUGGCUCCUAACCUCCCCACCAAGCGUUGACCAGGUUCCGAUCUCCCCCGGAACCGCAAUCUCCAGCCGCUAUCACCUUCUCCUCACCGCCAACGACCUCAACCCUCCGAACCCAACCAUCCCCCUCUGUCACACGACCUUCUCCGAGCUCCUCCUGUCGCUCAUCUACGUGGUCUUCCUGAUCAUCUUCGUCGCGAUCCUAGCCAUCAAAUCGCGCGGCAUCCGGGACAACUACCGGGAGGCCACCUACAUCGGCCUUGCCGUGGGCGGCAUCAUCCCCAUCUGGCUGGGCUGGACCCUGUGCGGACUGGCCGUGGCCGACCGCCACCGGGACGCCUGCCUAGCGUUUGGCCUGGUGGCAACCGCCUCCACCGUGUUCCUGGUGAUGUUUAUGCCCAAAGGUCGCCAGCUGGCCGCCAUGGGCAAGGAGGGCCUGUACGUGGAAGAUCGCGAAGAGCGCUUCAGCUCGCUGAGUCGGGCCGGAUCCGGAUAUUCGCCGUCCUUCUUUCACUUCAAGCCGAUCAAGUACGGCGUGAUGGGCGCCUCGCCGACGCUGCAGACCACGAACGGGACCGUCGUGGGGACGACGACGACCUCCAAGCACCAGGCGGUGGCGACGCUGGGGGGAGAUCGUGUUGCACUGGUUACGGCACCCCCGAGCUACACACCACGCAUGUAUCAUUACUUUCCAGCACACAUGACACAUCCCUUCUGUUACUAUCCCUCACUGGCACCGCAACAGUCACGGUAUCCAGGCCUCUUCAUGCGUCCGGACGAGGCGAACCUGUACACUACGCUGGAGCAGACGAUGAGCAGCAAUCCGAACGUGUACUUCCAGCGGGGUGGCGGGGUCCAUCCGGGAAUGAUGUACUAAGAGCACACAGACUUAACUAUAGAGCGCACGUCAAGCAGAAGGAGGGGGUCAAUUCCUACUACAAGCAAUACUUACGUUGAUUUCGAGAAGCUGAGGACCCCCCCUUCUCGAGAAAUGUGUUGGCCGGAGUUUCUUGAAAACAACAAAAAAAAAUCGAAGAUAUCGAAAAGUUCGCAGACUUAGUAGAUACCGGAAAGAGAGAGAGACCCGGCGACAAAGUAAAAGUAUUUUUCAUCAACCGCAGCCGGAUUUAGUGAAUAUUACCAACUGCAAAAAAAGAAACUAACACGUAAAGCAAAAUAAAGAGAAAAAAGUAAAACAUGAAAGUGAUUUUAGGCGGUAAGACAAAAAAAGCAGAAGAUUGCGCUACGUACUAAUUAGAGAAUAGUUUGAAGAAAAAUCUUCAUCGAAGCGACCAUCGCGAUCCGGAACCCGGACCCCGGAACCCCGACAUGGAAGAUCGAGACAGAGUACACACACCCACAUACACUUUCCCAGUACAUGAUAGUUUAACGACGCCAGAAAGUAGACCACCCAGCAGCUUUCAGGACUACUAUUUUCACUUCAUUAGAGUUUAAGUUUUCGAGAAAAUGUGAUCUCUCUACCACGUAACGGACAGGCGAGACCUACCACGAGGCAAUUUUUGACACGUGUCUUAAGGCAGCAGCAGCAGCAUCAUUAUCAUCCACCCAGAUUUAAGGGCCACCCGAAAAAUCAGCAUGUAAUUUCCCUUCCGUGAAAGCUAAAAAACACACACAUUCAUCGAGGCAAACAAAAAAUUACAUCACUUUUAAUCGGAGCCAACGCAUUCACGGAGAGACCUCGGCGUUCGAAAAAUUUUCGCACCUCAACCCAUCAAUCCGAGUAAUCAACAGUGAAGAAAAAAUAGACUAAGCUUAAAGUCUGUGUAAAACAACGAUUUAUUAGGAAAAUUUCCCCCCAUUUUCACUCCACACUCCACAAUAAGUAAGCAAAAUCGCAUCAUAAAAGUAGUGUUCAUUUUCAUCGCGUGCGGGCAAUCCCGCGAAACGACUAACUUAUAGACUAAAUCCGUUUAAAGUAAAGAAGAAGACGAAG